AUGAGCCGCGCCCAAAAAAAAAAAGAAAAGAAGCCGGUUGCAGGAACUCGCGGCUACAUUCUCGGCAAUCUCACCGAGCACUUCAUCGAGGAGCAAUGCGACGACGGAAUGCGCUGGUGCAUCGAGUCGUACGACACAUCGCGGACCACCGUCACCGCGAGUUGCCAACGUCUCGGCACCGGACGCAAAACGAUGGAUAUUUGUGAAAGCGGCAAAGAAUCGCUGGAAUCGGGCGUGACGAUUCGCUGCUGCGACACGACACUCUGCAACGAUCACGGCCUCAAAUCGCCGAUCCCAUCGAAUCGCAACGGCACAUUUAUCAUUGUUGCAUCGAUCUAA